AUGGAGAGGCAUUCUAAAUCCCCCUGCGAAUUGCCCGCCGCACAGAAGAACGAAAAUGACGGGCUUCCACAAGAAGAUCUUGACGCCGUGGAGGAUGAUAAGGACAUACCUGUGAAACGUGAGACGUCGCCUAGCUCCGAUGACGCCAGGAUCGGGUUAAUGGAAUAUGCGCCCUUUCCCGCUCAUUUGAGUCAGGCUUCUAGUAGUCAUGGCAUUGGGCGCGGGACUAUGAAGCAGGAACAAAUCAAGCAGGAACCAACCUUCCAGGAGCAAAACGACCUUGCAUCCACAAGGCACUACCACUACGGAGGGCCAAUGCUGGAUCGGAUGGGCGAUCAUGGGAAUCCUUGGCCAGUGCCACAGAGUCAUGGCGAUGCGAGUGUCGCCAUGCACCCGCCGCCUCCAGAUUCAUCCAACCUCAAUCCGGCUACUCAGGGGGCAGUGGGCCACUCCGAUAUCACAGACAUAUAUAGCUUAGCAAUUUCCCAACAGAAUAGAGCUUACAACUUGAUGCACUCGACAUCGGCCUACCAAGACCAAAAUCUGUUGGAGCUGGGGAAGAAGGUGUUCCUCACCAUCGUGGACAAUGAGAACUACUUGACCCCUGCCAACUUCGACCGCGCUCGAUUCCAGAUCUUCGAUGCGCAGAUGAAUGACCUGGAGAACCAGAUCAAGGCGAGGAUUGAACAGGUAAAACGAGCCGAAGCGCUAGGCAGAACUAGGCUGGACGAUUUCCAGAUGCAGCUGAGGCUCCUGGAGCAACAGAACCGCCGAAGGCUCGGGUUAAGCAGGCAGAGACAGGAGGAGAAAGAGUACGCCAGAAAACACAAGCGCAGGAGUGCAAGGCUGUCCGCAAAAGCGAAUGCGCCUCUGUAA